AUGUUGAACAGGCACGUCCGGCGUGGCGCUCAUCCUCCACCGUCAUGCAAUGAAGUAGUCGCCAGCAUCGACAAGAGCAGCAAGUUCUUCAGUAAGUUUGAUGCGAAGAACGGCUACUUCCAAGUACCGCUCGCCGAUGAGUCGAAGGAUCUGACCACGUUCAUCACCCCGUGGGGCAGAUUCCGCUUCGAGAGAUGUGUCCAAGGCCUCAGCUCAUCUGGAGAUGAGUUCAACCGCCGAGGUGAUGUCGCACUCGCUGGAAUACCCAGGACUUGCAAGGUGACGGACGAUAUCCUGUGUCACGAUGACACGUACGCAUCCCAUCUGAAGCACGUCAUCACUGUUCUGGAGCGGUGCAAGGAGCACAACAUCACUCUGAACCCAACGAAACUUCAGUUCGCUCAGUCAACAGUCGAGUACUGCGGAUUCAACAUCAGCAAAGAUGGAUACACCGUGGACCGGCGCAAACUUCGCGCAAUUUCCGACUUCCCAGUACCACAGAACCUCACCGAUCUUCGCAGCUUCAUGGGGCUCGUCAACCAGCUAGCCUCAUUCUCAACAGACACAGCGAGCGCUGCCAGCCCGCUGCGCGACCUCCUCCGGCCCCAGAACCACUGGUGCUGGACCAGCGUCCACCAACAGGCUUUUGAAGCCGUCAAAGCGACACUUGUGUCACCACCGGUCCUGGCGUUCUUCAAGCCCGGCCUGCCAACAGCCCUUCACACCGACGCCACACGACUGCAUGGCCUGUCGAGCGAUGAGGAAUAUCAAGCACUGGCAGACACGAUCCUCAACGGCUUCCCAGACCAGAAAGCCGACCUGCCAUCCAGUCUUCGAGCCUACUGGCAGGUGAAGGAAGAUCUCUCCGUCAACGACGGCAUCAUCCUGUGUGGCGCACGUCUUCUCGUUCCACGCAGCCUUAGACGAGACGUGCUCAAACGCCUCCACGCCGGACACCAAGGUAUCGAACGGACAAAGCGACGCGCUCGCCAAUCUGUCUACUGGCCCGGUCUCAACCAGCAAGUACACGAGACCGUCACAGCGUGCUCAGCCUGUCGCAAGUACCUGCCCACACAGCAGAAAGAACCGAUGCUGAGUGAUCCAGAGCCGUCUCGCGUCUUCGAAACGAUGUCCGCCGACUUCUUCUCUCAUGCGGGAAAGUCCUGGCUUGUCAUCGCCGACCGACUCUCAGGAUGGCCCAUCGCCGUUUCCAUCGACGGUGAGCCGACAUCCAGGAUCUUGGUCAGCCACUUGAGAGAGGUGUUCGCCGUCUACGGUGUCCCCAAUCAACUCAAGACCGACGGCGGGCCACAGUUCACAGCCCGCCACACCCGCACCUUCCUGGAGCGAUGGGGCGUGACGCACACGAUAUCAUCCCUACAUUACCCGCAGUCCAACGGUCAUGCAGAGGCGGCGGUCAAAGCC